GCUGAGAAGUCGACCUUGAGUCCAUCUGAUCCCGAUGAACAAGUCUUUCUUGACACGCAGGAAAAUAUACCUGUUUCGUACAGACUCAGUCGAGCGGAUUACCGGAAUCAUAGUCACACUCGCCGCGGCAUUGUGUUCAGUGGUGGAGUGCCCGUUGAGGCUAUUGAUGAUGAUGUUACGACGUCGCCAAGACAACCGUCGAAACGCCUGCAUCAGUGUAUGUUUUGCAAUUCGACGCGUGACUGCGACGCUGGCGGAAUCGCGGAAGGUGUGUGUCGAGAACCCGAUGCCUUCAGUUGCAUCACUCUUUUCUUGGACAGGAAAGCGUUUAAUCGGGUUCAGGCAUCAAUGAACUGGGGAAGGCGGAUUAUUGAAAAGUCGGAUGAUGAUGACGAACACUCUCGGGAACCCUUUGCUGAGAAGUCGACCUUGAGUCCAUCUGAUCCCGAUGAACAAGUCUUUCUUGACACGCAGGAAAAUAUACCUGUUUCGUACAGACUCAGUCGAGCGGAUUACCGGAAUCAUAGUCACACUCGCCGCGGCAUUGUGUUCAGUGGUGGAGUGCCCGUUGAGGCUAUUGAUGAUGAUGUUACGACGUCGCCAAGACAACCGUCGAAACGCCUGCAUCAGUGUAUGUUUUGCAAUUCGACGCGUGACUGCGACGCUGGCGGAAUCGCGGAAGGUGUGUGUCGAGAACCCGAUGCCUUCAGUUGCAUCACUCUUUUCUUGGACAGGAAAGCGUUUAAUCGGGUUCAGGCAUCAAUGAACUGGGGAAGGCGGAUUAUUGAAAAGUCGGAUGAUGAUGACGAACACUCUCGGGAACCCUAUGUGUCAAUGCCUACCAACAUCGUGGGGAAGCAUUGUCAUUCGAGACAAGUAACUGGUCCUGUUUGUGGCCCCUUCUCCGAGAGAAGUUUCCCACUGGCGAGUUUUGCUUGUUGGUGCCCAUUCGAUCGAUGCAACAGAGAAACAUGUCUGAUUCAGGACGUGUGUAACAAGUUGGGCGACCCGGACGGGGCUGUUGCUGGUUGCAAGCCUGUCGGCCUUUUGAUUAUUGUGACGACCUGCGGGAUGACCAUGAUUUUCUUUAGAAUUUCUCUCAUUUUCUCCAUAGUGUAACCUUACUUGUUUUGUUGAACUUUCAUGAAAGAAAUUCCCUGGGUGACUGGUA